AUGUCUUAUGCAUCUUUAAAAAAUCAAAUAGCAGUAGUUACUGGUGGACUUUCAGGUAUUGGAUUAGAAGCCACUAUUAAAUUACUUAAAAAUGGAGCUAAAGUACUCGUUGGUGAUAUUACUGCUGAAGAAAAAGUUGAAUCGGUAUUAGAUACUAUUAAGAAAAGAUCUGGUAGUAAUAAUGUUAGGUUUGUUAGAACUGAUGUAUCAGAUUAUGCUGCUAACAAGAAUUUAGUUGAUCAAGCAGUAAAACAAUUUGGUGAUUUGAAUUUAGUAUUUGCAAACGCAGGAAUUGGUCAAGUUGCUCCCGCUCAUGAAAUCCCUUAUGAACAAUUAGAGAGAAUUGUUAAUGUUAAUUUAAAUGGUGUUUUCUCAUUAAACAAAGAGGCUAUAACUUAUUGGAUUAACAAUGGUAAGACAGGAAAUAUUGUUAAUACUGGUUCCUUUUUAUCAUUUGUGGGUGAUUAUGGUUUAUCACAUUACUGUGCUUCAAAAGCAGGUGUUAAAUUAUUAACUCAAACUUUGGCCAUUGAAUAUGCUGCUAAAGGUAUUAGAGUUAAUUCCGUUAAUCCUGGAUAUACUGACACACCCAUUUUAAAAGAUGUACCAAAGGAAACUAGAGAACUUUUAAUCUCUAGACAUCCUAUUGGAAGAUUGGGUACUCCACAAGAAAUUGCAAACGCAGUUAUAUUCUUAUUAUCCGAUCAAGCUACUUUUAUCAAUGGUACUUCUCUUUUGGUAGAUGGAGGUUAUACAGCUCAAUGAUUAUUCAGAAAAGUUUCAGUAGCAGUAGCAGCUGAUACUUAUUUAUAAAUAUAUAGAAAAGUUUGAUUUUCUAAUUUACUUAAAAUGAUGUGUUUAUGUUCUUAUCUUCUGUUAUUAAUUAAAGCGAAUAUUUUCGGUUGCAAAAGCUUCUGUAAG